CCCGUCAACUUACCUUGCUCUCCCGUCCUUCUUCUUCCUCGUCUUCCCCCUUCUUACACCACACCCUCUCUCCCAGGCCGACUCAUCCCGAACAACUUGAACAGUUCGUUCGUGAUCCGACUCCUGCUCUCCUUCUCGCCCGUCCCAAAAAAAGGUCACGGCAAGAAGAGGUCAAACACCGUCUUGCGAAGGAUCUUGCUUUCGCCAGCACUCACAUCUCGACUUUCCCGCUUCGCUGUAACCGCCGACGAUCGACGUCCAGUUAAUCGCCUCAGGUCCCUGGUCCCAUCUGUCUAAGACUGCACGAACCAACAUCGCCCAACCACACAGCACCAUUUCUCCCGCCCAUCUUCGCAUUACACCUCACCCACGCCACCCGUACACUCGAUUUGUUACAAAACGACAAACCGACAUUCUCGAUUCUCUCAAAUACAAUUGUCCCUCUCGCAAACUUAUCACAACAGCAGCAAUCUGGUCCUGUUCGUUUGGAUUUUAGUGCACUGCAGAUCCUACCGUCUAUCCCCAGAGCAGCCCACAAUUGACCCAGGGAUCCCACGUUUUCGAAAUCGAUCCGACUAAAACACCAACCUGCAACUACAUCGCUAAACAUGAGUUCGCCAGCACAAGCCGGGCCUUCGGUCCCGAAGGAGAAGAAGGGUUUGGGCAAGAUUCUGUCUCGCGCCAAGACUGUCUUCAAGAGAGGCGAUAGCUCCAAGCGCAUGUCGACCCUGUCUACCACUGGACAGCAGUCUUCUGCGCAAGCCGCUACUCCUGGCCCAUCCACCGCCGCCCCUGCGACCGAGCAACCUGCCGCUGCCACCACCACCAAGGAGACCGCCAAGGACACUACCAAGAAGGAGGCCCCCAAGAGCAAGUAUGAGGACCUCGAGGGCGUCACCAGGGUUCCCCGAUCCGAGCUCUUUGAGGAGCGCGCCAGGAAGUUGGGCGAGAGAUUUGGUCUCGAGAUCAAGCAGAGCGAGUGGAUCUCUACUGAGGGCACUGCUCUCCGCGUCGAGAAGCCCAUUCGCAUGCGCGUCCACCGAACCUGCCACAAGUGCAAUGCUACCUUUGCUGCCGCCAAGGAGUGCCCGGGCUGCCAGCACGUUCGUUGCACCAAGUGCGUCCGCCACCCGCCCAAGCGGACCGAGGCCGAGCGCAUCGCCAGCCGGGAGAAGCGGGCCGCCAUUCUCAAGGCUCAGAAGGAGAACGCACCCAUCGUUCCCGACUACUCUUACGACGCCAAGAACGCAAAGGACAUUGUCCUCAAGCGCCCCAGCAAGACCGGAGGACAGGAUCUCAUUUACAAGAAGCCGCGUCAGAGGGUCAGGAGAACUUGCCACGAGUGCCAGACGCUCUUCACUGCUGGCAGCAAGACAUGCUCCAAGUGCAGUCACAACCGCUGCACUGACUGUCCCAGAGACCCGCCCAAGAAGGACAAGUAUCCGUUUGGUUAUCCUGGCGACGAAUUUGGUCCGAAUGCUGUGCCGCAUCACGAAUGCCAUAAGUGCAAGACGAUAUACCCUGGAGGUGUGGAAGACGGAACCGCAUGCAAGAAAUGUCAGCAUGAGAAGUGUGUCGACUGUUCUCGUCUGAAGCCACGCAAGGUCGAACCCGAGCCAGACCCAGAGAUACUCAAGAGCAUACAGGCCAAGAUCGAGAGUCUAAAACUCAAGUAAUGACACAGCCAGCCAUGACUUUUUACACCGUCCGACUUGAUUGAGUUGGAUUGGAGGCUCUUGGACAUGGCGGAGUGGUGGAUCUCUACUAGCGAGCCUACGGCAUUUACUGGUCAACCUCCAUCUCUACGGCGCACCACAGGCCCUUCAUCCGACUUGUUCAUGUCGCACAUGCAUUCAACAUCUUUUUCUUUCUUGCACUACAACGACACUACACGACUAUCCAUCACCAUCAUCAUCUGCAUCACAUCAUACCUCUUAUUCCGCCGCUGCCAUACAUACCCCUCUGUCUUGACCACCAGCCAGAGGGAUGACGAUGAACAAGAAGCACUCACGCACCACGCGAUCACGACCCAGCAUUGUCUCGAUCAAACAAAAGUACCUUUUACUGCCGAGCGAAGCGACCUGUACCUACUGCAUACAACUAGCCUGUUUCGAAGAGAAAAAGAAAGGAAGAAUUGAGGGAGAGGAGACGUACCCUGACGCACCUGGAUUGGGAGGAGGGGGUGGAUCAGGCCAUAAUCGCGGAAGACGGGACGAAUCGGAGUCUGGCGACUUGGAAUGAAGCAGAGGAGUUGCAUUGCAGCGACAAAGAACAGAGCAGUAAUACUAGGCGUACGGACCAGAACCGACAAGACGGGUCCAAUCAGGGUGGGCGGAUUAGCCUACAAGCGGAAAGCGAAUUAUUCUCCUUUCAUCUCAUCGUCACCUUCUUCCCAUCUCUCACGAAUCAUCAUUUACUCAUACUACUACCACUCGGUACUUUUUAUUAAAGUAUACCCAAAGAACGGGCUUCUGACCCCAAAACUUGGCUUUUGGAUAGGCCAUUAUCCCUAGUCCCCC